CAACCAAUUCCUAAAAUGACAGUACAGUAGUCUGUUGUUUACAAUUGUAGGGUUAGGUUUGAUGUUUAUUUUCUUUUCUGAGGUUUUACAUAUUAUGUAUAUCCAGAGACUUGUUACAACAUCACGAUCACCCUUACAAAGUUGCCCAUAAUUCGCCUUUGUUGAUUGAAAUAAUUAAAAACAGUGUGUCAGUAAACUACCAGUGAUCCACAAGGUGUCACAUUCUGGUUACUUCUAGAAGGACCUGUUCACCAUUGUAACUAUUUUCUAUGUGAUGAUGGCUGCGUUUGUAAAAGUUGAAAUCAAACAAGAAGAAGAAAUAAUUGCUUCUGUGGAUGAGAAAGUUUUACUUAGCAAUGGACCUGUUCCAAUCAAGCAUGAAGUAAUAAAUGAUCCGAUGAUUAAUGCUGGUUAUUCUAAUGUGUGGUGUGAUUGGAAAGAUGAAAAUAAGGUUCAGCAGGAAACUAAUUUAGUGACUGAACAUUCUGAAGAAUUGUCAUAUGGUGGACGAUCGCAAAUUUUAAGAAAUUUUAAUUGUGCUCAGUGUGAUUUUACAAGUAAUUAUAAAUCUAGUUUGAGGGUACAUUUACUAACACACACGACUAGCAAGGAUUUCAAAUGCUUUCAUUGUGACUAUGCAACCAAUAACAAAUGCUAUUUUAACAGACAUUUGUUAAAACAUAAAACUGACAAGGAUUUUAAAUGCUUUCAUUGUGAUUAUGCUACGAGUAUUAAAUGGCAUAUUAAAAGACAUCUGUUAACGCACAAAACUGCAAAGGAUCUCAAAUGCGCACAGUGUAAUUAUGCAACGAAUGACAAAUACCGUUUUAAAUUACAUCUCAUAAGACACAUGGGUGCUAAGGAUUUAAAAUGUGCACACUGUUAUUACACAACUAACAAUAAAUCUCAUCUUAAAUUACAUCUGUUAAGACACAUGACUGCCAAGGACUUACAGUGUGCACAGUGUGAUUAUGCCACCAACAACAAAGUUCUUCUUAGAGGACAUAUGUUAAUACACAAGGCUGUCAAAGAUUUUAAAUGUGCCCAGUGUGAUUACGCAACCAACAAUAAAAGUCAUAUUAAAGGACAUUUGUUAAUACACAAGACUGUCAAGGCUUUAAAAUGCCCUCAUUGUGUUUAUGGAACCAAUAGCAUAUGCCUUUUUAAAAAACAUCUGUUAACACACAAGACUGCCAAAGAUUUUAAAUGUGACCAGUGUGAUUACGCGACCAAUAAUAAAACUCAUCUUAAAGGACAUUUGUUAAUACACAAGACUGUCAAGGAUUUAAAAUGUGCACAGUGUGAUUAUGCAACCAAUAUAAAGUCAAACUUUAAAACACAUUUGUUAACGCACAAAACUCCCAAGGAUUUAAAAUGUGUACAGUGUGUUUACCUAACCAAUAACAGAUGCAAUUUUAAAAGACAUUUGUUAACACAUAAGCAGUGAAUUGGUUAUGCAAUCAAUAACAAAUUUUAUUUAAAAAGACAAGAUUCCCAAGUUUGUAUAAUGUGGUCAGUGUAAUUAUGUAACAAAUAAUUAUCAUAAACACUUGCAAACAAGUGCAUAUGAUGUUGAGACAUAAGAUUUAUGUAUGAUGAUGAGAAGAAUUGCUGACAGGGAGACGCCAAUGACCUGCUCGAGUAAAGCACCAUUGAUGAUGACAGAGUUGGGUAUUUCAACUAAAUAUUUGUAUUUAAAAUACGAAAUGGAAAAUAAGUAUUUCAGAUAAGUAGCUGUUAUGUUGAGGGUUAUUAUUAUAAUAUAUAGAAAGCAAGAACAUUAAA